AUGCCCGUCCAGACAGGUCCCUCGCUAGUUUCUGCCUCGCUCGAUUCAUCUUUCGCCCGAGACUUCGGCGACCCAGUGGAUUGCGCUUUACGCUCACAGCGUCAAGACAAUCGUUCGCUCUUUACUACACAACAAGACAACGGCUUUCUGUCCACUACAGAGCCGCCUAUCUCCUUUGAACAUCGCGAGAGCGUCUCGUCAUCUGGAAUCUCGGAAUCCACCGACUCAUCACCUACCACGACGAUUUCAACCUUCGAUACCACCUCUAUGACUGAUACCUCGCCCAGUUCUUCCCCAGAAUCUCCGUCUGCCCUUCCAAUAACCUACCCAAAGUCGACAAGGAUACCCGAAAUUACAGAAAGAAUUGCCAUGCAUUCAGAUGCACAGGCUUCCUCUCUAUCUCCUCUUCCUUCAAGCAUGUUCUCAUCCACUGUGAGGCCAGUGUCCCCCGCAAGGCGAGCUCGAAACCUCAAAAACUUGUCUCUGAAGGUGCCAUCACCCACUUCACGCCCUGCAAUUUCCACAGCGCCUGUCGUAGAAGUCACAAGUCAAAACUUCUCAGCCCCGCCAUCACCGAUACACCGACCUGCCAAAACUGCUCGUCGAAAACCUGCAAACUUGACCAUCCGCACUCCAGCGUCAGAUCAAUCCACCUUCUCUCGUAGCAUUGCCGACAUCAUCCCUCCUACUCCAAGUGUCUCGCAACGCUCUCUACGUCAUUUCGAAUCAUCUCCCUCAUUGACCUCUAUGUUCUCUCCUACUAUGGCUCCGUUGAACGGCAUGCAAAUACCUCGGCCUGUUACACGAGACGGCAUGCCUGUGAUGCCGGGUAGCUGGCAAGAUUCUCCGCCCCCAUCUCGACAAACCCAAAUUGGUCCUGGUUCCAGUCUUCAACAAGUGACUGAAGAAGACGAUUACCAUCUCGAUUCACGUGAAUCGACAAAGCGUACCGAACGGAGCUACCCUGAUGGCCCAAUCAAAAUCUACGAAUCGGGUGUCUACCUUUACCUUGAACCGACACGAGAUGAGGCAUCAAAGUUUGAUGUGGUUGUAAAUGUGGCCAAGGAAGUUGUGAACCCUUUUGCUGGCGAGACAGAACACAAAACAGAUACUGUGGUAUCGACAUUAAGGAGACCUUUACCUCUCGCCAAGCGACUGUCGAUAGCGGAGCCAAUGACUGCUAUCUCUGAAGAAUCUUUCCACUCGGCAUUUGAAAGUCUUCCCACCACCCCGAAGAUGGAGAAUAGCUCGACGCCGGAAUAUAUACAUGUUCCAUGGGAUCACAACUCGGAAAUAUUGGACGAUUUGACGUCGUUGUGUCAGUUGAUUGACGACCGGAUAGCGCAGGGGAAGUCUGUUUUGGUCCACUGCCAGCUCGGCGCCAGUAGAUCGGCUUCUUUAGUCAUUGCAUACGGACUGUACAAAAAUCGCGAUCUCGAUUUUAACGACAUGUAUGGCAUUGUGAAGGGGAAGAGUUGCUGGGUUGGACCAAACAUGAGUCUGAUAUACCAGCUGACGGACUUCCGAUCUCGACUACAGCGUGGCGAGCCGGCUAAGGUGGCCAAUCAGGAGUGGUUCAAACUACCAUCUUUUUCUCAAAAACAAGUCCUGGAUACAUCUGGUUUGAGCGACGAGAAACCCCCAUUGGCAGAACAAAAUAAAGAACAAGAAGACCAAGCAGAACAGAGCCAGACAGCAGAGGUUCAGGUAGAACAGAGUCAGCCUGCCUUUACUUUAGAAACUAUAUUCUCACCGGUACAGUCUACGUUUGCGCAUAACUUUAUAAAACCCGCACCUCCGCCGCAGAAGCAGCAUAGAACCGGCGUCCACGGUGCACUGCCGCGGCCGCUUCCCCUUCGAGAGAAGUAUCAGAGCUUCGAGUCAUCCAUGCAGUCCAGCGACAAACCUGAGACACGAAGACUGUCGCAUAUUCGAUACCCCACAGUCCAGAUGGACCUCGUGAUGCAGGAUGUUCCCUCCUCGCCAUCAAUACUCUCUCCUCGGGCAACACCUUAUAUGUGCUCGUCGCUCUCGCGAACUCUUGCUGGAGACUUGGCAGGAGUUGCUUCUCAGACUUUCUUUGACUUCGGACAAGCAUCGCUAGAUCCUCGGUCACCGCCUCAACGGCGCGAGCUGUUGAUUACGAGAAACAUUGAUGAAGUUCUUUAA